GCCCUCACUCCGUUCGCUUGUUUCGCCCAGGGACAUCUCUCGCGACGACGCAGACGAUCACAAGGAGGACAGUGAAGGAGACAGACGGCCAAGGCAAUGGGGGACGAGAAACGGAAAACGUGCUUCGAGUUGGCCAUCCAGAAUGUGCAAUGUGGAGCGGGGAUGGGGCUCUUGUUCGGCGCCGUUCAGGAGUCCUUCAAGAACCCCCCGCAGCCUAGACCAACGGACAAGGUAGUGUUGAACCCUCCCAAGAGCGACGUGAUGGCCAAGGCGAUGUCUUCCAUGGGGAGGCAGGCGUUCAUGAUGGCGGCCGUGGCUGCGGUCUACAGCGCUGGGGAGUGCGGAUCGGAGUACGUCCGGGGCAAGGACGACGUGGUCAACUCCGCCGUAGGGGCGUGCAUGGCUGCGGGCGCGGCGGGAUUGAAGACUGGAAAGAUCUCCCACGCGUGCGCGGGGUGUCUCGGGGGUGCGGUGAUCAUGUCCGCCGUCAGACUUGGCACCGACAUCAACGGCAGUAAGUCCUUGGACCGGGCCCGACUCGACGCCAAGCGGGCGGGUAAGCGCGAGAAGUUGGAGGGCGUAUAGAAAACAACGAUGACUUUAGGAGCUGGAAAGGGCGGGCCGUUGUGGGCAGGAAUUGCUCCAGGACCGACACGGGGGAGAUUGGGGGGCGCGGAGAACAGAUCGUUCGCAUACGCGAAGAGCGUGGGUCAAUUUCAGCCGGUUCAAGAACUGGGGGAGUUUUGACGUGCUUUUUUUUUUGCCAUUCCUGCGAGCGCUUGAGAACGCUGCGGACUUGCCCAGGGUGGUUGCAUCGGCAAAUGAUCCCCCGCUGAUGCGGGCAUGAUGAUACCUGGGUGUGCGCGAGAAGUAAGAAGAUUUGCGGACACCCAGUCAGCGGGUGCGGGCCGCGGAGGGGAAGGAAGGGUUGCUCUUGAGAGCAUCGACGCGUCCAUUUGCUGCGGAAUCAAUAUUUAGGACUCCUCACAGAUUGGACGGCCUGAUAUGACGGGACUCAGGGAAUUCCUUCACUCUUGAUUGUUUUAGUGUGGUUGUCGCUCAUUGAAGGGCUGGUUGGAAGACAGCAUGGCCGCUGCGCGGGCCAUCGGUUCGCCGGAGAUGGUGGAACCGUACAAUAAGCCGAGAAGAGAAUCAUUUGCAGCCACGAGGGGUGGUUUCGUUCUUUUCCUGUGCUUCUUAACCCUUCCUCCGUGCAUGUAUGGCAUGGAGGCCGCGGGGUGUCCGCCAAGUGGCGUUCGGUCCCCCACAUGUCAAGAGGUGCGCUUGAAGCGGUCAAAGUUCCCGAUGAGUUCUCUCUGUUGCCUGCCUGGAACUCUACCUUCGCCAUGUGGAUAGGGCAGUGCACUGCGAUGUUGGGGGUGCCGUCGCCCUUUCAUGCGUG